UACAGGCAUCGCUAGGUGAGCUUGAUACAAGCGUCAGUGCAUCAGUGUUGCUGGACCCAUCACUAGUCCUCAUUUAUUCUGCCACACGACUGCUGCCCCAGUCGUGGCAGUACAACACGACCAGCAUGGAUCCAGCGGACUCACGUUUAGUUUCAGUGGGGAAUUAUCUCGCGCAGUUGUGGAAUUACUAUGGGAGGAUAAUCCACGCUGCGGACCCCUACAAGAGGCAGCUGGAGGUAGUUUUCUUUAAUCAUUUUUUGUCGUCCACUGCCUCCACUGUCACUUUCCUGGACAUUAAUGGACCAAAAUGCAUAAUAACAGCUCUGAGAGCGAGGCUGAACUUUUGAACUGUUUGACAUGGGCGGUCCUGGGAAGGAAGAUUCAGCUGCCCUUCUGGAGGCACUCGCCGUUUGGUGUUCUCGGCGUCAGCAGUAUUUUCACCAAGGUUUGUGGCCAAAUCACUCGAUCCACUUUUAAAGAAGAAAUGCUACUCUCGCCAUCAUCACCCUACCACGCUUCCUCUCACUCCUGUGGUAUUGACGGGAGCGGUUGUCAUUUCCACCCCGCAGCAGGAGCAGCCGCAACAGAGUUCUACCUCCUUUCCUUCAGGCACCCCUGCUUCCUCUUCCACAAGGAAGCAACAAUCGUGCCGCCAGCGCAUCAUUCCGCAACCCGAGUUUGGGACUACAGCGCGCCCGGCUGUGUGGAUCUGUGCGGUGGCGCCAUCAAAGAAGACAGAGAUGUUGAGGUUGGAGAGCGACAGCUUGGCAGUGACUCCAGUUUGGUCCUUAGAGAGCUGCACACCAUUAACCAGCUGAGGUGAGCUGUUGAGGGUCAGCGUGGAGUUGUCCAGCUGCAUCACAGCAGAGACAAAGUGGAGGAAACACUGAGUGAAACAUGUCAAACACACAAACAGGCUGAUUUCACAGCAACAACCACUGAGUUCAGCAGCUCUGAAAGAACUGCUUCUAACAGCCCUGAGAAGAAAGAUCCCUCAUCGUGUCUCUGUGUCAUCACAGCUUUUCUUUGAAACACAAAGAUUACAUAUUUACAUG